GUGCCGGUGGGCGGCCGAGGAGGAGGAGGAAGGACGGGCUGCCGUGGAGCAGGCCGCCGGUCGUCGCCAGCCCCGCCGCACAGCCGCCGCCGCCGCCGCUGCCCAUCGCGGAGUCCGGAGGGCUCCAGCGCCAGCCGCCCCAGCCAGCCCGCCGGCCCGCAGCCAGCCUCCUUCCCGGCCCCCGCAGGAGAGAGGUUCUUUAGGAAGAGAGUUUGGACGGCAUGCAAAGUGGUGAUACAUCGGAAGAGAGUACGGAUGACCCCCUUAGUAGUAGGCCACGAGGAGCACGACAGCCGCGAAUAGUAGUGAUCGGGGCGGGCCUUGCUGGCCUCUCGGCAGCCAAAACUCUCCUAGCAAACGGCUUCACGGAUGUGACGGUCCUUGAAGCGUCGGAUCGAAUCGGAGGCAGAGUCCAAAGCGUGAGACUCGCGAACGCAACUUUUGAACUGGGAGCGACGUGGAUCCACGGUUCGAAUGGAAAUCCCGUCUAUCAUCUAGCAGAAGAUAAUGGCUUACUCGAAGAGACAACCGACGAUGAGCGGAGCGUGGGUCGCAUCAGCCUCUACUCCAGGAAUGGGGUGGCCUAUCACCUCACCAGCAGCGGGCAGAGGAUCCCGAAAGACGUGGUUGAAGAAUUCAGUGAUUUAUACAACGAGGUCUAUAACCUGACUCAGGAGUUUUUCCAGAAUGGUAAACCAGUCAAUGCCGACAGCCAAAAUAGCGUGGGGAUCUUCACGCGAGAUGUCGUGCGCAAACGCAUCAAGGCCGAUCCAGACGAGUCGGAGACGGUCAAGAAGCUGAAGCUUGCCAUGAUCCAACAAUACCUGAAACAGGUGGAAAGUUGUGAGAGUAGUUCUCACAGCAUGGAUGAAGUUUCUCUCAGUGAAUUUGGGGAGUGGACCGAGAUCCCCGGAGCCCACCACAUCAUCCCUUGCGGCUUUAUGAAAAUCGUGGAGAUCCUGUCCCGGUCUAUCCCGGAGUCGGUCAUCCAUCUGAACAAGCCGGUCAAGUGUAUCCACUGGAACCAGUCCAUCAGCAAGGAGAUCGAGCAAGUGGCCGACCACAACGAAGACCGCCUGGAAGACAACGCAGGGUACAGCGUCCUGCUGGAGUGCGAAGACUGUGAGUUCAUCUUGGCCGACCACGUCAUCGUGACGGUGUCUUUGGGGGUCCUGAAAAAGCGCCACGAAGACAUGUUCUACCCGCCGUUGCCUGACGAGAAGGUGCUGGCUAUCCAGAAGCUGGGCAUUAGCACCACCGAUAAGAUCUUCCUGGAAUUUGAGGCGCCCUUCUGGAGCCCGGAAUGCAACAGCUUUCAGUUCGUCUGGGAAGACGAGGCCGAAGCUGAGAGCCUCACCUACCCGGAGGAGCUGUGGUACAAGAAGAUCUGCAGCUUUGACGUCCUCUACCCGCCAGAGCGUUACGGCCACGUCCUGAGCGGCUGGAUCUGUGGCGAGGAGGCCCUCAUCAUGGAGAAGUACGACGACGAAACCGUCGCGGAGAUCUGCACCGAGAUGCUUCGCAAGUUUACAGGGAAUCCAGACAUUCCGAAACCUCGGCGGAUCCUUCGAUCCUCUUGGGGCAGCAACCCCUAUAUCCGCGGCUCUUACUCCUACACGCAGGUAGGGUCGAGCGGAGCAGAUGUGGAGAAACUUGCGAAACCCUUGCCUUACACAGAGAGUUCCAAAACAGUGCCUCUGCAGGUGAUGUUUUCGGGCGAGGCGACGCACAGGAAGUACUACUCCACUACCCAUGGUGCUUUGCUGUCAGGCCAGAGAGAGGCGACCCGUCUGACCGAAAUGUACCAAGAUCUUCUCUCCUGCAAGAAUUGAGACGGUCGGGGGACUGGCAGAAGACCUUUUCCACUCUGAAUUCCUUUUUACUGUUGGGCAUCUUAAACCAAAACUUUUUCUUUCUUUCUUUCUUUCUUUCUUUCUUUCUUUCUUUCUUUCUUUCUUUCUUUCUUUCUUUCUUUCUUUCUUUCUUUCUUUCUUUCUUUCUUUCUUUCUUUCUUUUCUU